UCGCAGGUCGUGGAACCAAACAAUGAUGGCGAAUAAUAUAAGUACCAAUGGCUCAAAUCGAAUGACUCUAAAGAGAAGGAGGCUCGGUUUUGAUUGCUGGCCACUCGUGAGGGUUCAGAAGUUACUUACCACAUAAUAGCUAGCUCUUGCACAUCUUUUUGACAAGUCCCCGAGGUAACCACACCAGUCUCAAACAUGACCCCUCGAGGGCUUCGCGACAAUGUCUCCCGGAAAAAGGGCCCCUCUCCCGUUGGAAAAUCUAUCUUCGUUGGUUUGCGAGCGGCGGACAUUCUAUGGCAAUACGCCCUCUUUCGUCGUGGCUGGGCAGCUCGUCUCAUAGAAUCGCUUGGGGGACAUGUCGCUACAUCGUCGCUAGUUGCUAGCUCCAACCAGACUUGGGAACUGACAACACUUCUUCCCGGACUGGGUCCAUAUUCCAGCGUAGUCUGGCUUUUGGCUCUCGGCAGCAGUCUGAAACAAAUCGCGCACAUCCUUCUAGUCUCGGAGCAAGAGAUGGACGUGAGUUCUGCCGCGGUAAUCGCAGCGUUUAACACAACAUUCAACUCACUCAACACAAUCCUAUCGCUCUGGGCAUUGACCAGUCCAGUAUCCGGAUCACCGAGCGGCCUGAUCAGCCUUCUGUCGUCGUCUCCUCUGGUAUCGCUGGGACUCGCAGCAUAUACCCUUGGCAUCCUUACCGAAAUUAUUUCCGAGUUCCAGCGCAGCGCGUUCAAGAAGGAUCCAGUGAACAAAGGGAAGCCCUAUGGAGGAGGGCUCUUCUCAUUGGCAACCAAUAUCAACUAUGGUGGAUACACUAUCUGGCGAGCGGCGUACGCGUUGGUUGCCGGCGGUUUGCCUUGGGGGUUUUUCACAUUCUCAUUUUUCUUCUAUGACUUUGCGUUCCGUGGCGUUCCUGUCUUGGAUCGGUAUUUGGAGCAGAGAGUGAGUUCGCCCUGGAAGAUCAAGCUCGCAUGCGAUAUGAUAGCUGCUAACAUUAUACAUGAUAGUAUGGUGAGGAGUACAAAGCUAUCAAGGCUCGGGUCAAGUAUUCCUUGAUCCCGGGAAUCUAUUGAGCUUUAUCAAUUUACGUCAUAACGGCAGAUAGGCAGUGUUGUAUUGACAGAAAUCUAAUUUGAAG